UUCAGGAGCUGAACGUGGAGGAGCGUCUGGAUCCAGGCUGGAGAUUUACGGAGGAUUUCUACAAGCACUCGUGUUAGAAUUGGGCGAGUUAUCAUUUUAGACGCGGGUUAGAUUAUGUAAUAAAGUCAUUUGUGCGGUUCCCAAACCAACUAAUUCUGUUAGACAGCCGUGGAGUGUUUUGGAAGCAGGUCUGGAUUUGAGGAGAAGCUGUUAGGAUCUGACAACCCGUGACCAGCAGCUGGAUUUAACCUUCAUUAAAGCACAGAGACCCCAGACCCCUCCUUUGGCACCAAAGGAACUCUGAGUCACCAUGAACAACACCCUGCACCACCACUUGGCGCCCAAAGUCCAGGAGCAGUGGGGUCCCCCUUUGCCAGACAACGGCUCCCUGAACGGGUCUCUGGGGGAUAUGAAUGCCACGGGCAUCGCACAGAUCAUGAUCCCACAGGAGCUCUUCCUAAUGCUGGGCCUCAUCAGCCUGGUGGAGAACAUCCUGGUGGUGGCGGCCAUCGUGAAGAACAGGAACCUGCACUCGCCCAUGUACUACUUCAUCUGCUGCCUGGCUGUGUCCGACAUGCUAGUGAGCGUGAGCAAUGUGGUAGAGACUAUGUUCAUGCUGCUGACUGAACACGGUGUUCUCACCGUCACGGCGGGCAUGCUGCGACACCUGGACAACGUCAUUGAUGUGAUGAUCUGCAGUUCCGUGGUGUCCUCGCUCUCCUUCCUGUGCACCAUUGCUGCUGACCGCUACAUCACCAUCUUCUAUGCACUGCGCUACCACAGCAUCAUGACCACGAGGCGUGCCGUGGCCAUUAUUGUGCUAGUGUGGUUAGCCAGCAUCACGUCCAGCUCACUCUUCAUCGUCUACCACACGGACGACGCUGUGGUUGCGUGCCUCGUCACCUUCUUUGGCCUGGCUCUGGUAUUCACUGCCGGGCUCUACCUACACAUGUUUGUGCUGGCACGUGUGCACUCGCGCCGCAUUCGCGCCCUCCACAAGAGCCGUCGCGCUGCGGCCACCAGCAUGAAGGGAGCCGUCACGCUCACCAUCCUGCUUGGUGUGUUUAUUGUAUGUUGGGGGCCAUUCUUCCUUCACCUCAUUCUUAUCCUCACGUGCCCCACCAACCCAUACUGCAAAUGCUACUUCAGCCACUUCAACCUCUUCCUCAUCCUUAUUAUUUGCAACUCCCUCAUAGACCCUCUCAUCUACGCCUAUCGUAGUCGGGAGCUGAGAAAGACACUAAAGGAACUUGUGCUAUGCUCCUGGUGCUUCACCAUACCCCAGACCCUACUAUCGGUCACCAUGAAUGACACGCUGCACCACCAUCACUUGAUGCCCAAAGUCCAGGAGCAGUGGGGUCCCCCUUUGACAGACAACGGCUCCCUGAACGGGUCUCUGGGGGACAUGAACGCCUCGGAAAUCACACAGAUAAUGAUCCCACAGGAGCUCUUCCUAUUGCUGGGCCUCAUCAGCCUGGUGGAGAACAUCCUGGUGGUGGCGGCCAUCGUGAAGAACAGGAACCUGCACUCGCCCAUGUACUACUUCAUCUGCUGCCUGGCUGUCUCCGACAUGAUGGUGAGCGGGAGCAUCAUGGUGGAGGCUUUGUUUAUGCUGCUGACUGAAAAUGAUGUUCUUGUGGUCACGGCGGACAUGCUGCGACACCUGGACAACGUCAUUGAUGUGAUGAUCUGCAGUUCUGUGUUGUCUUCGCUCUCCUUCCUGUUAACCAUUGCUGCUGACCGCUACAUCACCAUCUUCUACGCCCUGCGCUACCACAGCAUUAUGACCACGAGGCGUGCCAGAGCCAUCAUCAUACUUGUGUGGCUCGCCAGCAUCAUGUCCAGCUCACUCUUUAUCGUCUACCACACGGACAAUGCUGUGGUUGCGUGCCUUGUUGCCUUCUUUGGCCUGGCUCUGGUAUUUACUGCUGGACUCCAUCUACACAUGUUUGUGUUGGCACGUGUGCACUCACGCCGCAUUCGUGCCCUUCACAAAAGCCACUGUGCUGUGGCCACCAGCAUGAAGGGUGCCGUCACGCUCACCAUCCUGCUUGGUGUAUACUUCACAUGCUGGGGGCCCUUCUUCCUGCACCUCAUCCUCAUCCUCACAUGCCCCACCAACCCAUACUGCAAAUGCUACUUCAGCCACUUCAACCUCUUCCUCGUCCUCAUCUUCUGCAACUCCCUCAUAGACCCUCUCAUCUACGCCUAUCGGAGUCAGGAGCUGAGAAUGACGCUGAAGGAGCUCUUGCUGUGCUCCUGGUGCUUCGUUAUCUUUCUGGUGGACGUUGCAGUAAAAUCACUGCAGUAUAAAAAGCCUAGACAGGACUGCUCCAGCCUUCUGCCGGCGACACACACACUUUCACACACACUCACACACACUCGCCCUUUCACGGACCCUCGCCGGACAAAGCAGGACAAGAUGCGCGAGAUCGUUCACAUUCAAGCCGGCCAGUGUGGCAACCAGAUCGGAGCCAAGUUCUGGGAGGUGAUCAGUGAUGAGCAUGGCAUCGACCCCACUGGAAACUACGUGGGUGACUCAGAUCUUCAGCUGGAGAGAAUCAGUGUCUACUAUAAUGAAGCUUCCUCCUCUAAAUACGUUCCCCGAGCAAUCCUAGUGGAUCUGGAGCCAGGAACCAUGGAUAGUGUUCGAUCUGGGGCCUUUGGUCAUCUCUUCAGACCUGAUAACUUCAUUUUUGGUCAGAGUGGAGCAGGCAACAACUGGGCUAAAGGCCACUACACAGAGGGAGCAGAGCUAGUGGACUCAGUGCUGGAUGUGGUGAGGAAGGAGUGUGAGAACUGUGACUGCCUGCAGGGUUUCCAGCUCACCCAUUCCCUUGGAGGAGGUACAGGGUCUGGCAUGGGUACUCUGCUCAUUAGCAAAGUGAGGGAGGAGUACCCAGACCGAAUCAUGAACACCUUCAGUGUAGUGCCUUCUCCUAAAGUGUCUGACACAGUGGUGGAGCCCUACAAUGCCACCCUCUCCAUCCAUCAGCUGGUGGAGAACACUGACGAGACCUACUGCAUCGACAAUGAAGCCCUUUACGAUAUCUGCUUCCGCACCCUCAAACUGGCCACACCUACCUACGGUGACCUAAACCACCUCGUAUCAGCCACCAUGAGCGGCGUCACAACCUCCCUGCGUUUCCCAGGGCAGCUUAAUGCUGACCUCCGCAAGCUGGCCGUCAACAUGGUCCCCUUUCCUCGUCUGCACUUCUUCAUGCCUGGCUUUGCUCCUCUUACGGCACGAGGCAGCCAGCAGUACCGUGCCCUCACCGUGCCAGAACUUACCCAGCAGAUGUUCGACGCCAAGAACAUGAUGGCGGCCUGUGAUCCACGUCACGGCCGCUACCUCACUGUGGCCACCGUUUUCCGAGGCCGCAUGUCCAUGAAGGAAGUAGACGAGCAGAUGUUGGCCAUCCAGAGCAAGAACAGCAGCUACUUUGUCGAAUGGAUCCCCAAUAACGUCAAAGUAGCGGUCUGCGACAUCCCUCCCAGGGGGCUGAAGAUGUCCUCUACCUUCAUCGGCAACAGCACCGCCAUUCAGGAACUGUUCAAGCGUAUCUCCGAGCAGUUCACUGCCAUGUUCAGGCGUAAGGCUUUCCUGCACUGGUACACUGGCGAAGGCAUGGACGAGAUGGAGUUCACCGAAGCCGAGAGCAACAUGAACGACCUGGUGUCUGAGUACCAGCAGUACCAGGAUGCCACAGCUGAGGAAGAGGGAGAGAUGUAUGAGGAUGAUGAUGAGGAGUCAGAAGCCCAGAUGCAAAAAUGAACAGACAGUUCCGAAUUAGCAAACUCCUACCUUACACACUCACCGCUCUCCAGCUAGCCCAACCGAUCUCUGAUUACGCUUCCGGCUAAAGUGUCUCAAUCUAAUCUCUCUCUCUUACUGGUAGUUUAACCUUCAUACUAUUAACCGUUACAGACAGUUCAGAAACAGUAGUUCCCUUUACUGUGCCAUAACAGCUUCUUUAUGAUGACUGUAUUUGUUGUCGACACUUGUGUCCACUGACCAAACUUCAAUAAAGAAACAUUUUAAUUGAACCUGA